AUGGAUAUUAAUAAAGUCUUGGAAUUAGAAAAUGAAAAUGUCUUAUUACGUUCUGAAUUACAAUCCUUAUAUGAGGAACUUGAUUAGUAUUAAAAUUAUAUAAAAUUAGAAAAUCUACAGAUUAAAAACUAAUUGAAGAAAAUAGUUGCUUAAGAUAAGAGAUAUUGUAACUACAUUAAAAACUUUAGUUAUCAGAAUAGUAAAAAUAGGUAAUCACACUAAAAUUGAUGGAUUAAUAAGAACUUAAUAUAAAAUUAAGUAAAACUAUUAUCAAUUUGCAAUAAAAUAUCAAUGAAACAUAAAUCGAUGGGUGUUCUAAUAUUAAUUAGUGUAAUCUUUAAAAUAAUCUAAAUAUAAAUAAUAACUACAUUUAACAAUUAUAAGUUUUAAGAUAAAGAUAUCAAAAUAAAAAUGAAUAAGAUAGUUAAUAGAAGGAUUAAGAAAUAUAAAAAUUAUAUGUCUAAUUAUCUGAAUUAUAAAAAAUUAAUAAUAAUAAUAGGUUAUCCAAACCUCUGAAUAAAGAAAACAUGAUCAAAUCAUAAUAUAGACCAAGAGGAGUAUCUGAAAAUAAAUUUAACGAUUUUGAGACCAAUCUUGCAGAAUCAAGAAUAUUUCGUUGA